AUGGCGGUUGGAACGUCCAGAAAAAUAUCAGCAGCCUCAGCAAGGGCACACACCAGAAAACCAAAGCAAAAGGCUUCCGUUGCAGGAUUUUCAGGGGUGUAUAAGAAAAUUGCACUGGUUUCCUUCAUCGGGUUUUUGGCAUGGGCUUAUCAGGCAACUCGGCCUCCUCCUUCCAAAACAUGUGGCUCGCCAGAUGGACCUCCCAUUACAGCAUCCAGAAUACAACUUAAUGAUGGGAGACACUUGGCUUACAAAGAAUAUGGUGUCCCAAAGGAUAAAGCGAAGUAUAAAAUAAUCUUCGUCCAUGGUUUUGAUUGUUGCAGACAUGAUGUUUCUGCUAUAACUUCAAACCUCUCCUCGGAUCUUGUUGAAAGUCAAGGAAUCCAUAUUGUUUCAUUCGACAGACCUGGUUAUGGAGAAAGUGAUCCUAACCCGAAACAAACAGUUAAGAGUACUGCCUUUGACAUUGAGGAGCUUGCAGAUAAGUUGGGAUUGGGAUCCAAAUUCUAUAUUGUUGGAUUUUCUAUGGGUGGACAGUUGGUAUGGACCUGCCUUAAGUAUAUUCCUCACAGAUUGGCGGGAGCAGCACUUUUAACACCAGUCGUCAAUUAUUGGUGGCCUGGUUUACCUUCAAACUUGACCAAAGAAGCUUAUGAUCAGCAGCCUCCACAGGAUCAAUGGGCUGUCCGUGUUUCUCACUACAUGCCAUGGCUUACCUACUGGUGGAACACUCAAAAAUUAUUUCUGGGUUCAAGUCUUAUAUAUCACAACCCAGCAGUUAUCUCCAACCAGGACAGAGAACUUUUGCCUAGGAUUCAAUCUAUACGGAAGGAGUAUCAGGCACAGGUGAGACAGCAAGGAGAUUUUGUAUCCCUUCACCGUGAUUUGAUGAUUGGAUUUGGGACCUGGGAAUUUGAUCCUACGGGUCUGGAGAACCCAUUUUUAGAAAGUGAAGGUUCGGUUCACUUAUGGCAGGGAGACGACGAUAAACUUGUCCCUGUGACACCACAACGUUACAUUGCCCAGAAGCUGCCAUGGAUUCAGUAUCAUGAGCUAGCAGGCGCCGGACACAUGUUUCCAUUUGCUGAUGGAAUGGCAGACUUGAUCAUAAAAACACUUUUAGCUGGAUAG